GGCUCCACCCCGACCUGAGAGCCAAUCUCCUUCGCGGUCAGAGCCCGGCUGCCGGGCAGGAGGAAAUAGAAACCAGCUGAGGUUUUACUUUCGUUUCCGCAGGAUUAAAUCUUGGACUCUGGCAGAGCGAGCUGUGGGACAGUUCUCCAACAGAGUUUGGCUUUAGUCCCAGCCCAGGAGGAGGGGAGAUUGGUCAACCGGAGCCCAGCCUGUCACCCGCUGCAUUAUGGGAAAUGCAAAUAAUAAAGGGCCGAUCCCACCCCCCUCCUCGAAGCCAACUCCAGAGGGGAUGGUGGAGCGACUCCAGGAGGACGUCACCUGCUCCAUCUGCCUGGACGUCUUGGAGGACCCCGUCUCCAUCGUGUGUGGCCACAACUUCUGCCGGGGCUGCCUCGCGGCUCACUGGAGUGGGGUCUCAUCUUGGGGGUACCAGUGCCCCGAGUGCCGGGCUCCCUGCUCCAGGAACCGGAUGACCCCAGACACACGUCUCAAAAGCCUGGUGGAGAAAAUCAGAGACCUGCCACGUGAAGAGACGUUGACAGCAACAGGGACAGCGAGCCCUGAGCCGGGGCCGAGGGCUCAGCCAGAGCCGGGGCGCCCGGUGCAGCUGGUGCGUCUGGACGAGGAAGGGGGCUUGACCCUGGAUGAGGAGGCCCUGAGCCGCUGCCUGGAGCAGGGUGGGGUGGGGGACGCCCCCGUCUGCCUGGUGUCCAUUGUCGGGGAGCAGCGCCGGGGCAAAUCCUUCCUGCUGAACUACCUGCUGCGCCGGCUCCGGAGCCUGGAUGUGAAGGAUGGAUCCUGGAUGGGCCGGGAGGAGGAGCCCCUGGAAGGGUUCGAGUGGCGAGUUGGUGCCCGCAGCGUCACCGAGGGGGUGUGGGCGUGGAGUCAGCCCUUCUGGGUCCCCUCCGAGGGGGGGCAGAUGGCCAUGCUGCUGGUUGACACCGAGGGCUCCAUGGACAUCGCCAGAGACACGGAGACCAGCGUCAAACUCUCUGCCCUCUUCAUGCUGCUUGGCUCCUACCAGAUCCUGAAUGUUUCCAGCCAGCUAAAGGACCCCGAUCUAGAAUAUCUGGAGAUGGUUCUGCACGUGGCCGAAGAGGUGGGAAAGAAAUACGGGCUGGAGUCCAUUCAGCACCUAGACGUGCUGGUGCGGGAUUGGAGCAACUCCUUGGUCCUUGGAACGGACGGUGGGAAGGAGCAUCUGAGAGACGUCCGAGAGAUGCUGGCGGCGUCUUGCAAACACCCCAAGGCCCUGGAAGCGCUGAGCAGAAGCAAAACCCGCUGUUACCUGAUGCCCUUCCCUGGCAAGCGGAUCAUGACUGGAAGCCAGGGAUGCCUGAGAGACAUGGAUGAGGAUUUCCGGGACAGCCUGAGGGAUUACAUCACCGGCCUGGUGGCCUCAGCCGGUCAACACGUCUGGAGGAACCGGCACGGGGCACUGGUGACCGGGUCACAGCUCGCUGCCAAGAUAAAGAAAUUCUCUGAUCUGAUGAAGAAACGUUGCUUCGGCUUCUCCUCUCCCGCUCAGAUGGCCAUCACCUUCCACAACCAGAGAGUCCUGGACAGGGCCAGCGCAGACCAUGCUGUGUUUUUGAGGGAGAAGGACGGCGACUCCCGGACCCUGAUCACCUGCCUGAAGGUGCGUCCGAGCAAGAUGGCGGAGCUGUUCGCGGAGCAGCGCGGGCACUUGCUGAGUCGGUGCUGGAGGGACAUGCGGGAGUCGGCGCUGGAGAAAGAGGCCCAGCUGACGGAGCUGGAGGAGGAGCUGACACGGGAGGCCGAGACCUUCCUGCAGAGCUACGGGAAGCGCUUCAAGAAAUUCGUCAUCGCGGCGGGCGUGGGCACGGGGGCGCUGGUGCUGGCCCCGGUGGGCGGCGCUGCUGGCAUCGGGAUCGCUGCUGCCGCUGCUCUCGGCAUGGCUGAGGCAGCAGCCCUUGGCGCUGGUGUGGGCGCCAUGGCUGGGAUUGUCGUGGGCGGGGGUGUGGGCGGGGGAGUUGGUGGGAACAUCGCCCAGAAGGAUAGGCAGAGGGCCAAGGCUGCUGUCGGCCAAAGGGAGGAGGAGGACGGCACUGAGGAUCUGUCUGAGGACACACCCCUGAUCUGCUAUUCAGAUAAUCGGGAGUUGACUCAGGGGCCAGGGGCUCAGCCAGAGCUGGGGCGCCCGGUGCAGCUGGUGCGUCUGGACGAGGAAGGGAACCUGAUCCUGGACGGGGAGGCCCUGAGCCGCUGCCUGGAGCAGGGUGGGGUGGGGGACGCCCCCGUCUGCCUGGUGUCCAUCAUCGGGGAGCAGCGCCGGGGCAAAUCCUUCCUGCUGAACUGCCUGCUGCGCCGGCUCCGGAGCCUGGAUGCGAGGGACGGGUCGUGGAUGGGCCAGGAGGACGAGCUCCUGGAGGGGUUCGAGUGGCGCGCGGACAUGCAGCGAGUCACCAAGGGGGUGUGGGCGUGGAGUCAGCCCUUCUGGGUCCCGGCCAAGGGUGAGAAGUUAAGUGGGGGCAUUGGGGGUAUACUGAACACUGGCUGUCGGGUGAAGGACCCGGAUCUCGAAUACCUGGAGAUGUUUGUGCAGGUGGCUGAAGUGGUGGGAGAGGCCUAUGGACUGGAUCCCAUUCAGUCCCAGCCCAGGAGGAGGGGAGAUCGGUCAACCGGAGCCCAGCCUGUCACCCGCUGCAUUAUGGGAAAUGCAAAUAAUAAAGGGCCGAUCCCCGCCCCCUCCUCGAAGCCAGCUCCAGAGGGGAUGGUGGAGCGACUCCAGGAGGACGUCACCUGCUCCAUCUGCCUGGACGUCUUGGAGGACCCUGUCUCCAUUGAGUGUGGCCACAACUUCUGUCAGUGCUGCCUCGUGGCUCACUGGAGUGGGGUCUCGGCUUGGGGGUACCAGUGCCCUGAGUGCCGGGCUCCCUGCUCCAGGAACCGGAUGACCCCAGACACACGUCUCAAAAGCCUGGUGGAGAAAAUCAGAGACCUGCCACGUGAAGAGACGUUGACAGCAGCAGGGACAGCGAGCCCUGAGCUGGGGCCGAGGGCUCAGCCAGAGCCGGGGCGCCCGGUGCAGCUGGUGCGUCUGGACGAGGAAGGGGGCCUGACCCUGGACGAGGAGGCCCUGAGCCGCUGCCUGGAGCAGGGUGGGGUGGGGGACGCCCCCGUCUGCCUGGUGUCCAUCAUGGGGGAACUGCGCCAGGGCAAGUCCUUCCUGCUGAACUACCUGCUGCGCCGGCUCCGGAGCCUGGAUGUGAAGGAUGGAUCCUGGAUGGGCCGGGAGGAGGAGCCCCUGGAGGGGUUCGAGUGGCGAGUUGGUGCCCGCAGCGUCACCAAGGGGGUGUGGGCGUGGAGUCAGCCCUUCUGGGUCCCCUCCGAGGGGGGGCAAGUGGCCGUGCUGCUGGUUGACACCGAGGGCUCCAUGGACAUCGCCAGAGACAUGGAGACCAGCGUGAAACUCUCCGCCCUCUCCAUGCUGCUUGGCUCCUACCAGAUCCUGAAUGUUUCCCGCCAGCUAAAGGACCCCGAUCUAGAAUAUCUGGAGAUGUUUCUGCACGUGGCGGAAGAGGUGGGAAAGGAAUACGGGCUGGAGUCCAUUCAGCAGCUAGACGUGCUGGUGCGGGAUUGGAGCAACUCCCCGGUCCUUGGAACGGACGGUGGGAAGGAGCAUCUGAGAGACGUCCGACAGAUGCUGGCGGCGAGGUCCCCUUGCAAACACCCCAAGGCCCUGGAAGUUCUGAGCAGAAGCAGCACCCGCUGUUACGUGAUGCCCUUCCCCGGCAGGCAGAUCAUGAAUGGAAACCAGGGAUGCCUGAGAGACAUGGAUGAGGAUUUCCGGGACAGCCUGAGGGACUACGUCACCGGCUUGGUGGACUCAGCUGGUCAACACGUCUGGAGGGACCGGCACGGGGCACUGGUGACCGGGUCACAGCUCGCUGCCAAGAUAAAGACAUUCUCUGAUCUGAUGAAGAAACAUUGCUUCGGCUUCUCCUCUCCCACUCAGAUGGCCAUUACCUUCCACAACAAGAGAGUCCUGGACAGGGCCAGUGCAGACCAUGCUGUUUUUCUGAAGGAGAAGGACGGUGACUCCCGGAACAUGUUCGCCUGCCUGAAGGUGCGGCCGGGCAAGAUGGCGGAGCUGUUCACGGAGCUGCGAGGGCAGUUGCUCUGGCGGUGCCGGACGGACAUGCGGGAGCCAGCGCCGGAGAAAGAGGCCCAGCUGACAGAGCUGGAGGCGGAGCUGACGAGGGAGGCUGAGACUUUCUUGGAGAUCUACGGGAAGCGCUUCAUGAAAUUUGCCAUUUUGGCAGGCGUGAGCAUGGGGGCAGUGGUCCUGGCACCGGUCGGCGGCGCUGCCGGUGCUGGGAUCGCCGCCGCUGCCAUCGCUGCCGAGGCGGCUGUGGCCAUUGGGGCUGGGACGGGCGCCGUGGCCGGGAUUCUCGUGGGUGGGGGCGUGGGCGGGGGAGUUGGUGGGAACAUCGCCCAGAAGGAUAGGCAGAGGGCCAAGGCUGCUGUCGGCCAAAGGGAGGAGGAGGACGGCACUGAGGAUCUGUCUGAGGACACACCCCUGAUCUGAUCAGCGCCCUCCACCCCAAUCUAGGGCUGACGAAUGGGGUGACGGGUCUGCCACGUUGCACAGACAUGUUCCCCAUGAGCCACCCCAGAGCGGGGAGCCUUCGCCCCCAGAUUCUAAGAAGGGACCUUUAGAUCCUUUUGUCUGACCUGCUCUGCCACCCCGCUGGAGAACGCCGCCCACUUUCCCCUGCGUUGGGCCCGAUAUCUCCCGUUGGACUAAAUCAUCUCCUGGAAAGGUGGCCAGUCUGGCUCGGAAGCCAGAAGAGAUGGAAAAAUCACGGGUUUCUCAUGGAGCUGGUCCCGCAGGUGAAUCAUCCGCGCUGUGAGAAAUCCGGUGCCUCAUUUCCAAUGCGAGUUUGUCUGGCUUUAACUUCCAGCCCUCGGUUCUUGCUCUGCCUUCCUUCGAUGUUGCAGGGCCACUCCGCUGCAACGCGAAGUGCUUGGAAAUGCCCUGCCAACGGUCAUGUCUCGAGAUCAUCCGCUGGGGGUGACCAUGGGCGCCUGGCUUAGUUCCUACAGCAGCAGUCCGGUGGUGCCGCCCCUCUAAGCGGGAAGGUGGGUCCAGGGGAGAGGGCACAGGAAGACGUGGGUUUCCUGCUCUACCAUGGACUUCCUCUGUGACCUUGGCCAAGUCACUUAGUUACUCUGUGCCUCAGUUUCCCAUCUGUAUAAUAAGGAUAAUAAUGCAUUGAAAGAUGGUGAGGGGUUUGAGCUCUACUGAGAGAAAGCGUUCUGCAAGAAACAGGCAUCAUAAUUUAUUCCAAGGGAGGGCUAUAAAACCUUCCAAAGCUAAAGGAAAUUGACACCAGUGAGCUUCACCAUUAUUGUAGAGAACUUCACUGGGCCUGCAAGUCAACCAUGGUCUUCCUUCUGGAUCUCUCAGCUCUUUUAGACAUGGUGGGCCCAGGGCAUGAAGUGCCUUGAAGAUCAGGCUGAGACCAUGAACUUGAUUCAAUACUGUAGUGCAGACAUGGCCAGGUGGGCAUAUGGCCCCUGUGUCCCACCAUCUUCUCAAUAUUUCACCUAAGGGGGUCGUGUGCGGGUUCUGCCGAAUGGUGGGAACCAGCCGCUUGUCAUGGCUAUUGCCAGAUGGUUGUAUGAGUAACGGUUUUAGAGCCAGGUCCCAGGUAGCAUAUUGAGUUCUGAAUCUUCUGGGAGUCAAACGUGAGGCUGGGAGCCGACCUGGUCAAUGUGAGAACAAUGCACAUCCCUGGAGGCAGCCUCUUCUUGCUGGCUCGACAAGAUGCAGGCUGGCCAUCUACAGAGACCAACCAACCCCAAGGGAAUGCUCAGGAGAGGGGGGCCCUGGGCUCGGAGACAGGAGCUUGUGACUGGAGAAGAGCAGAAGAAAUGGCCCAUUACAGAGGAGUGACUUUGCCAGCAGGGGGAACAGGGGAUCCCAGCUCUCUGGACUGGACAAGUGCUGUGAGAACCAACCAGCUGGAGAGAAACACCUCAGCAACCAGGAAAGGAACCUGUUAGCAAGGACGGGCUCUAGAUGGUGUCUGAUGUUUUCCUUUUACCUGUAACCUUGUUUCCAAAGCCUUUUACUUGCUUUUUAUUUGAAUCUCUAUCUGAGGCUCUGUUAAAUGAACUUCAAUUUGGUUUGACUGUAAACCUGUGAGGGAUGGGGGGGCUGUCAUGAAUAGGGGGAAGGGUAGCAAACUUUAUGUAUCCUUGGCAAUUGUACUGGAUUGCCUUACCCGUAAGGGGUUAAGUAGUUUAAAUAACCUAGUUGGCACCUGACCAGAAGGACCAAUAAGAAAAGAAAAUACUGGGGGAGGAUUUGUUUGUUGUUGUUAUUCCCUCUCUGGAUGGAGGGAGAAGCCAAGCAGGUACAACAUCUCCUGAAAAUAUACCUGGAAUAAUCCAUCUAAAUCCACAGAAAUUGUAAGUAGGGCAAGGAAAUGCAUUAGGUUAUCGUUUGUUUUAGCUUGUGAAUUUUCCUAUGCUACAGAGCUACUUUUAUUCCUGGUUUUUUUGUAACUGUGAAGCUGAGCCCAGAGGGGAGUCCUCUG